CGGUGCACCCAGGAGAGGUGACGACUGAUAUGGCGGCAAACGUCAGCGUAGACUGGGACGUUGAAGGGAUCAUUAGUCCACAGGAGAGUAUCUCGUGCAUGCUGAAGGUGAUUGCUAGUAAAGGGAAGGGUGGAGAUGAUGAAGCCGGUAAGGUUACUGCUCCGAAGGAGGAGGACGGUGCAGCGACCUUUUGGACCUGGGAAGGGAAGAUGUACCCCUGGUGAUCUGGGAUAGAAUGAGCAAAAUCCGUGCUAGGGAGUAUACCUUCAGACAUACCCAGCGCGACUUUC